AUCAUGCAACGCGCCUUCUAACGCGCAUGCGUAGAUCCGCCCGACCUGUCGCAGGCAACGCGCAUAUCGAGGGUGUUCGUUAAGAAUAGCCUAUAAUAACGUUUAUUUUUGCUUCCUGCGUUUUCACAACAAGUCGAACCCAUGUCAGGAGACGAGAUGAUAUUUGAUCCCACUAUGACCAAGAAGAAGAAGAAAAAGAAGAAGCCUUUUAUGCUGGAGGAAGAUGGUGGAGAGGGAGAUGAAGGCCAACAGUUGGAAACGAAAGAGACAGAGGCUGACGGGGCCGAUGAGAAAGAGUUCGAUUUUGAUGAAGAUGAGGGGAGGAAGAAAGAAACAUCAGAUGACCUGGAUGACUUAAACUUCUUCAACCAGAAGAAAAAGAAAAAGAAGUCCAAAAAAGAGAAGAUUUUUGAUGCUGAGCUUGAAGAAGGAAUGAAGGAGCUGAAGAUCGAAACGGAGCCAUCAGAGACACAAGAGGAGGAUGAACUAAUGCUGCCCACUAAGAAGAAGAAAUCAAGAAAAGUCAAAGAUUUUCUAGAGGACACGGACAGUCAGAGCAAAGAUGACGGAGUGGAAGAUGAAGACAGUAAAAACACAGAUGACAUCACAUUCAGCACACAGACGGGCCCUGCCUGGGCAGGAUCGGAGAGGGAUUACACAUAUGAUGAGCUUUUGAAUAGAGUCUUUAACAUCAUGCGGGAAAAAAAUCCAGACAUGGUGGCUGGAGAGAAGAGAAAGUUUGUGAUGAAGCCGCCUCAGGUUGUCAGGGUCGGCACAAAGAAGACCUCAUUCGUAAACUUCACAGACAUCUGCAAACUGUUGCAUCGACAACCAAAACAUCUUUUGGCUUUUUUGCUGGCCGAGUUGGGCACAUGUGGAUCCAUAGAUGGAAACAAUCAGCUCGUCAUCAAAGGCAGAUUCCAGCAGAAACAGAUAGAGAAUGUCUUAAGAAGAUAUAUAAAGGAGUACGUGACGUGCCACACGUGUCGGUCUCCUGACACAAUCUUGCAGAAGGACACGCGUCUGUAUUUCCUGCAGUGUGAGACGUGUCACUCCCGUUGCUCCGUCGCCAGCAUCAAGACCGGAUUCCAGGCCGUGACGGGCAAGAGAGCGCAGCUGCGUGCCAAAGCCAACUAACGCCUGUCCCUCCACCAUCACACACCUGCGCUCCACCACCAAACUCAACAUAUCCACUCACACAGGUUACUACCCCGUCUGUUCAGAGUUCUCGGCCGUCUCAAAUGCAUCAUUUCAUUUCCUUCAGCUCCUCUGAGCUCUGAAAUGGCCUAUGCACAGGAAGAGAGUGUUGAUUUGUUCUGUCUGGCUGUGGAGCAGAGAGGGCGCAGAGCCUGGAGGAUUUUAUGAAUGAACUGUUGGUGAAAUUUGUUGUUGCUGUAUUACCUUCAGAAAAACAAUUUAAAUAAAAUGCAUACCAGCUGGGCAAACACAUGCAGUGUAUGUUUCUGGGAAGGCAUGUUGCCUUACAUUUAGAGAGUUUGAAUGUGAUUGAGAAAUGAGCUUGAUGAUUGGCUUGAAAUAUACUGUAUGAUUUGGUAUGAUUGUGAACAAACGCUAGUAUUUCCACCCCUUUUGUUUUUCUGUGCUUUAAAAAAGGAUGAUUGUAUGUUGAUUGAACAUCUCUUAAAAGAA